GCCCCCGCCGAGCAGCAGCAUCCCCACCAGCCAGAAAACGUUGACAGAUCUCAGGUUUCAAAUCAGACGAACGCAUUGAAAACCCAAACCGCAUGGGUCGGAACCGACACUUCCAGCACCCAAACUGACUGGACCAGAGCCAAAGGCCCGCGAUCCACUAGAGCAGGUAUCCUGCUGAGGCGGUCCGGUUCUGCAGCAGAGAUCCGGAAUCCCAGCGGCUCCAUGAUCUGAGGUUGAUGAGGAUGAUGAUGAUGAUGAUGAGCUCUUCACCCACAGAGAAGAUGAAGAAGAAACCUCCAAAGGACAGUUUGACACUUCUGCCAUGUUUCUACUUUGUGGAGCUGCCCAUUGUGGCUUCUUCUAUGGUGUCGCUGUACUUCCUUGAGCUAACGGAUGUGGUGCAGCCGGCUCAGGUGGGUUUCCGGUGCCAUGACAGAGACCUCAGCAUGCCGUACGUGGAUGGAGGAGAUGAGCUGAUCCCGCUGCUGAUGCUGCUGAGCCUCGCCUUCGCCGGCCCAGCUGCUUCGAUCAUGCUGGUUGAAGCAGUGAUCUACUGCUUACAUCCCCACCUCAAGAUCCAUAGAGCUGAAGGAAGCAUCAAUGCUGGAGGCUGCAGCUUCAACUCGUUUUUGAGGAGGACUGUCCGCUUUGUAGGAGUGCAUGUGUUUGGGCUCUGUGCAACAGCGCUGCUCACUGACAUUAUCCAGUUAUCGACAGGUUACCAUGCCCCAUUCUUUCUCACCGUAUGUAAACCCAACUACACACUGGCAGGUGUGUCAUGUGAUCAAAAUGCUUACAUCACCAAAGAUAUCUGCUCAGGACAUGACCAGCACGCCAUUGUGGCAGCAAGGAGGACGUUUCCUUCCCAGCAUGCAACUCUGUCAGCUUUCGCUGCCGUUUAUGUUUCGAUGUACUUUAACUCCACCAUCUCCAACUCCACCAAGUUACUCAAGCCAGUCCUGGUGUUUGGGUUUGCCAUAGCGGCAGCACUGACAGGGCUGACUCAGAUCACACAGUAUCGCAGCCAUCCUAUCGACGUGUAUGUUGGUUUCCUGAUUGGAGCCUUCAUUGCUGCAUAUCUGGCUCUUCAUGCUGUUGCCAAUUUCAAGUCUUCUGAUGAAUUUGCUCAGGCUACCCCACCUCCCCCUCCAAUGGAAGACCCCUUGCGAGCCCUGACAGAGCGUGGACAUGAGUCAGUUUACAACAAGGGUCCUGCCUCUGCCUCUGAGAGUAAUGAUGAGAUUGCAACGGCUCCUGCACCAAUAGAGCAAUUGGAAGCCCUCAGGCCCCUGCAGAGGGAAAAGGGCUCCAUGGGGAGCCUAAAGAGGGCCAGUGUUGAUGUGGAGCUGCUGGCCCCUCGGAGUCCAAUGGGAAAAGAAACCAUGCUGACUUUCAGUAACACUCUACCGAGAACAAGCAUGAAUGUUAAUGGUGCUCUUGGUAACAAUGAGUUGCAAGGGGAUCCGGUGCCGCCUGCGCAGCCAGUACAACGACGUCUAAAGGCUGUACAGGUACCAUUGGACCCAAUGAGGUCACAGCAGCUUGUUUCAGAGUGGAAGCAGAAAUCUAUUGAAAUGCGAGGCAUUGGAACUCGAGACGAUGUGGAUUGUGAGCCCAGUGAGGACGGUUCUGAAGUAAGCUCUAUAGGGACUGAUGAUGCUGGUUCUCAGGCCCCAAUCUACCAGCCCUCAGUACACGCUGUCAGGGGAGGCUCAGGUCGCAACCCCACCCCUCCUCCAGGUGGCGCCAAAGCUGUGGCAACUCCCAGACCACCACAGAUCCCUGAGGCUGGACCCCCACCAGUGUCCCCAAAAAGUGCCUUGACUAGGGCCAAGUGGCUCGCCAUCCGGGAGAAGACGAGCGGGGAAGGAUCCAGCCGGGGAACUGCAAAUCAGCCACGCCUCAUGCAGGUUAUUGCGAUGUCAAAACAACAGGGUCUCCUUCCUUCCUCAUCUUGCGAGAAAUCCUCUGAGACAACUUCCACCGGUUCUGGAACCUCCUCCAACACAGACUCGCCACAUUGUCGCCAGCCAUCAGACCGCCAGCGAGAUGGACCUGGCAUUAUUACAGUUAAUGCCCACGCCCCCUACCAUCCAGUUGUGCAAACUCCACCUCCUCCACAGGCCCCUCCCCUGGCUGGGAACGGAAAUCCGUGGGAUUGGGCUUCUGUUUCCAAUGGAGAUGACCCACGAGACUCCUACGACCUCAACAAGCUGAACAGGGGAGAUUCAGCUCCCCGUGCUAGCAGCUUUAAUCCACGCCUUUCAGCAUCACCAGUGUCUUCCAUUGACACUGCCUUACAGAUGGAGCUGUCUGCUGAAGCUCAACGCAGGGAAAUGGCCAUGAGACGCAAAACAGCACUAGUUAUGUUGGAUCGAGAAAUCCGGAAUCAGACUGAACAGGAGAACUAUUAUAAGAGCUUGCAGGGUCGGAGGUUCAAGGAUUAACUUGUUACCCUGCAAGAUAAAGGCUUUUCCACAAAAAUGUAUCAAUGUCCCCUUAAAACAACCCAACAGUAAUACACCAAGUACAUGACACAGGAAUUAUGUAAAACCUGAAUGGCAUGACACCUGGACUAAAUUACAUCUCUACAAGAUACAACUGGGCAGUAUGACCAUUGGAUUGUAUGGAACCUGGACUAUAUGACAUCUGCUGUUCUAAGUGCAGUGGCAUCAUUUGGACAGUAAACACCUGGAUGAUAAACUUUGUAAAUAACACAACUCAACAAAACAAGACUGAAUGUUAUGACACUUGCAUUGAAUGACACCUGGACGAUAAAAUAUUUUAAGUUUCUGGACAAUAGCAUCUGUAUACUACAACACAUGAACAGUAGCAAACUCGACAGAAGAUCACAUGGAAUAUACCACCUUUAGAAAAUACAUCUGGACAGAACUACCAACAACACAACCAAUAAUGUAAAGGUGAUUAAUAGCACAAUUAAGGCUGGUUUAUACCAAAUCGUCUGCGUGUGUGUCGUAGUAAACGCAGUUGCGCCACAACAAUUCUGCAAAAAUACACUGGUGCAGCACUACAAAAAUGUAGGUGACCACAGACAGUGCCACAGACAGGAGGCCUCUGAUUGGUCAAAUCUACAUCCGAUCUACACUAUGUGUAUUUCCUGUUUGGGACGGCUUGUUUUGUUUGUAUGACCGCCAUUGUGGAA